CUUUCCACCCCUAUUUCAGCGCUGACUCGCCAUCUUCGGUUCUUCUGGAAUCUUUCUACAUGCUUCACACUUCUGUGAGCAAACACGGCUGAGCGUGGUAUUCAAAAAAUGGCCUCCGUCACAUCCCUGGAUAAGGACUUGCGCAACCUGCGCUUGUCCCGCUAUACCCCGCAAGCAGCCGCGGAAGUCCGCAGCUGGAUCGAAGAAGUGCUCCAUGACAAACUCCCGGCAGGGGAUCUUCUGGAAGCCCUGAAAGAUGGAGUGGCUCUUUGCAGACUCGUAAACCUCGCCGUAUCGCCGGGCGUCAAAUACAAGCAGUCAUCCAUGCCGUUCGUGCAGAUGGAAAACAUCUCGCACUUCCUGCGCGCCUGCCAAAUGCCCCCUCUCAGCCUUCCCCCGCAUGACGUAUUCCUGACUGUCGAUCUCUACGAGGCCAAGGACCCUGCCCAAGUGCUCCAAUGCCUGACCUCGUUCAGCCGACGGGCCAACGCUCUCCAGCCCAGCAAAUUCCCCUACGCCAUUGGACCGCAGGCCAAGGGCAGCUCUCUCAGUCCACAUGUGACAGGGUCCAGUCAGGGAGGUGCCUAUACCCCCACCAAGUCGCUCGGAUUGGGCGGUAGCAAUUCGGGUCGUUCCAGCCCAGCGCGAUCUCCGCAGCCGGUCAGCACCUGGAGCAAGAAGUCGGACGAGCACAGCACGGCCCCGGCCUGGAACAUUCACCAAUACGGCUACAUGGGCGGAGCCAGUCAGGGCAACCAGGGUGUUGCGUUCGGCGCGCGGCGCCAGAUCACCACCGCCGCGCCCCACGUCCCCAGUCUAGCAGAGAAGGAGAAGCGCCGGCGGGACGAGGAGGAGAGAAAGCGGCUGCAGGAGCUGGAGGACCAGCGGCGCCGCCAACAGCAGCAGGAAGCCGAGGAAGAGCAGGCCCGUCUCGAGGAAGAACGCCGCUGGGAGGAAGAGACGGCGCGGACGCGCGAACAAGAGCGCCUGCAGGUGGAGGCGGAGCGCCAACGCUGGGACCAGCAAAAGCGCCAGUGGCAAGAAGAGGAGGACAAGCGUCAGCAGGAGGAGCGCGAGACGGAGGCACGGCUGGAGAAGGAGCGACUCCAGCGCCGCGAAGCGCAGGACAGCCGCCUCAACGGCCAGUUCCUCAGCCAGUACCAAGCCAGCAUGGUCGCCGGGGCCGGCAAACCCGCCGCGACGUCGGAAUCCCAGGAGCGACACCGCAUCCGCCAGCUGGAGCACGAACUGGAGCGAGCCAAGGAGCGCGAGCGGCAGUACGAGCGCGAACGGGAUGAUGCCACCCGCGCAAAAUCCCCGGAGACCGCACGGAGCCCGCGCCCGGUCCCCGUGCCCCCCAAGCCCAGCUACGAUCUCUCCUCCCUCGAGCAAGAACGCAGACUCCUCCGCGGCGAGUGGCAGAAGCACCACGACAACGACCAGCAGCAAGACAACAACAACAACCUCCCCACCCCAAUCGCCGAGAGCCCCUCCAGCCCACCCCCUCCCUCCCUCCCCGCGCGCCGCCCUCUCCCCGAACCCACCCCCACCGAAUCAAAACCCCCGGCAAUGCCCCCGCGCCCUCUCCCAGAUCCAGCAACCUACACCUCCCCGCCUCAAUCCCCCAUCCGCAAACCCGUCCCCGUCCCCGGACCUGCCUCCCCAUCAACAAGAGUCGACCGCUUCCUCACCACCAACAACCCUCCCACCUCCCCAAAACCGACCACCCACCGCCCCGCCGACUACACGACGACCGCCGAGGUCGACGCCGAGGACAGCCGCCGCCUCGCCGCCCAGCAGAAGACUAAGGCCGGCGGCUGGGCCUCCAAGUCCCUGCUGGAGCGCGAGAUGGAGCGCGAGCGCGAGCGCCAGCGCGAGUGGGAGGUGAGCCAGAAGCAGACCCAGGAGGCCGCCGCCCGCGGACUGCGCGACGGCUCGCUGGGCUCCGGCCCCGGCCAGGGCGCCUGGGACGUCCACCAGUACGGCUACAUGGGCGGCGACAACCAGAACCGCGGCGGCCCCGGACUGGGGGUCGGCGGCGCCCGGAGGCAGAUUAUUGGGCCGCGGCCCUCGCCUUGAUCUUGUUGCCUGGACACUCACUGUGGUUGCUUAGAAUUCUCGGAAUACGUCUGCGCUGGGGAUGUGGUUGGGAAUGUAGUUGAUAGGUAGCGGUUGGCUAAGAUCUGGUGGAUGUUUUGGGAGAUCUAGUGAUGGAUGGAGUGGAGGGGGUUUAGUUUACUGAGGAUGUUCCUUAUUUUAUACCCGUUUUCUAUUGGCUGUCAGCAUGGUAGCUACUAUUUGGAAUUGAUAUGCAUUUGGUAUGCGGUUUGUUGGUUUUGCUUUUGUUGACUGGUCGAGUUGGAAAGGAACCCUGGCUUGGUGUGGUCUGUAGUACGAAUGUUUUCUUCAGAUGAACAACAAGUAAAUGGAAGAAAGAGAAUCAAAACUGUAAUUCAGAUCCUCAAAUCAAGAAACAUCAU